AUGAAUAAAAUGCUCUUCCACGGCGUCAUUCUGUUCUUCUUUCUGAUAGUAUUCCCAGUUUAUUCUACCGAUGAAUCCGAGUUGACAGGCCCCACCUCGAGUACGCUUCGGCGUCGUUUGUUGGACAAGGUGUGAUGAAAUGAGAAGAUUUCAGCUCAAUUUGUUUUUAUAUAGGUCGGCCCCAUCGGCAGGUAUCAAAGCGUCGGAGUUCGAGGUCGACUUUUCUGUGGCCUUGGAGUUCUUCCCAACGCAACCGUCAAACUUUGGGACAAGGACUUUUGUGAGGAAAAUAUCAAGAAAAUUAUUUAUUCAUUAUUUAAGUCGAUCCUGAUGACUUGAUCGCCGAGGGAAAAACGGACGAAGAUGGAAACUUUGUUAUCUGGGGCACUGCCGUUUCGGUAAAAAAGUUCUUUUUACUCCCAAUUUUCAUGUCUCAAGUAUGGAACCUCGAAAACUUCACCAAAAUCAUUGUUUUGUCGCCAAUUUGCAACUUUUUUGCAGCCAGUAGCCUUUUGAGUUGAUUCUGACCCACUGAAACCUUUUUUGCGACUUUUUUGUUUCAGAAAAAAGUAAAUUUUGCAAAGAGGCUAUGAAAUACGAAAUAAAUUUGUGUAAGAAGGUAAAAUUUGAUUAAAAUAAAAUUUUAGGUCAUGAAAAUCGACCCACAGCUCCGAAUCUAUCACUCUUGCCACAAUGAAUUCUCUGUAAGUUCUUUUUUUCAUUUCAAAGAUCUUCUGACCUUCCAGCUCUGUAAGCGCAAGGUGGUCUUCACCAUUCCUAGCAACUACAUCAACGGAGGAGAAAAGGUCCAAAAUUUCGCUAAAAUCAAUGAUUUUGAGAGGUUUUCAGGUCCAAAAAUGGUUCGAGCUGGGAAACCUGAACAUGGAGAUCAUCAUCAAGACCAAGGAGGAGGAUCAUUGUAUUUCGUAA